AUGGCUGAUUCACACAGCCACUGCCGCGCCUCUCCACCGCCGCCGCCCGCACCGUCGCUGCUGUCGCUGUCGCUGUCACGCUUGCUAUCAGGCUGCGUUGAUUUCGCGCUGGUGUUCGCGGCCAACUACGACAAGUUCAAGGGGGCUCUAGGUAGCAAGGUGGUCGAGGUACUGCUACCCAGGCUGCCGCCGCCAAGCGAUACGCACGAUGGGCCCGUUAGCCGGGAGGGUACGGCAGUGGUGGGUUGCGCCACAGCUGGGCUCAUGGGUGUGGGUCCCGGUGGUGCAUUCGAGCUGGACCCCGGCAGCGGCGGCGGACGAAUGUCCCGCGUGUCAUCCGGAGUCGCGCUGCUGCUGGGCCGCAUGCCGGGAUGCAGAGUGAGGGCCUUCUGCAACCUCUCACCAUCGUUGCCUGGUGGCACUGCCUCCGCCAGCGGUGGUGGGCGGGGUGGCGGCCGCGGCAGGCGGCGGUCCAGUCCGCGUCACUCAGCCCCCACGUUGAAGCUCAAACUUGAGAACGCCAACCGAGCGGUCAUCGAGUGGCUGCGCAAGGGAGUCGCCGCUACUGACUCCGCCGCCGCCGCCACCGCUGCCGCCGCCGUAGGCCCAACCACCAACACCAUCGCUGGUACCGCAGCAGCUGGAACGAUCAGCACGUCGGCACCCACGCCUACACCUGCCACAGAUACCGCCAGCAUUACCGUCAACGCCACAGACAACUCAGCCGCAGAUGGUGACGGCGGUGGCGGCAGCGAACGGCAAAGUCGCGGUGUCGACGAUGGAAAUGGUAGUACCGCAGCGGCGGCGGCGGCGGCGGCGACAGGAGGCUCGGUUGGGGCCGGUGCUCUGGAGUCCGAGCCGGUUGUCUCUGCUCGCGACCUUGGCUUGCAAAGCGUGUGGCUGAUGGGCGGCAGCAGUGGUGGGCUUGACCUACUGCUUGCGCAUGGCGGGCUGCUGCGCUGGCUGCAAGCUGAUGAGCAAGUGAAUGAAGUGGGUGUGGGUAAGGUGGUGUUGGGGGCCCGGCCGGUGAUUGCCGGAGGGGUGUCGUCGGGCUCGGGGGACCUCAUCUUCCAUCCCGGCAGAAAGGGAAGGGGACACGGCGCGGCAGUGGAGGAAGCAGCGGAGGCACCUGGACCUAGCAGCAGCAGCAGCAGCAGCAGCAAGCAGGUUGGUGCUACUGCCGCUGUCGACCUGGAUGACUGGGACCCCGCCGCCGUCAAGGGGCUACAGUACGUGGGCCUGGCGGUCAUGACGGAGGCGCCGGCAGCGGCCACCACGGCCGCCGGUAGCGCAGCAGCCAUCAGAUCGGCGAUGCAGCUGCCGGCGGGUGCGGUUCCGGAGCCGCCGCUGGCGACGGUGCGCGCGUGUGCCCUGGCCAUGCGGGGCUUUGCGGGUCUGCCUGGUCAGAGGGUUUUUCAACGCGUGUCGAUUGCUCGUGAGGCGCUGCCCGGGUCCGGGUUCCGCGGGGCGGUCAGCGGCAGCGACAGCAACAACGACAGCGACAGCGAGGACGAGGACGCGGGGGACCUGUUGACGGUGACAGGCGGGGCGCCAUCGGGUCAUAAGAGCCUGCAUGAGGAGUUGCUGGAUAUGUGGCGCCGCACCCGCAUGCUGCCCCAGCUGGCCGUGUGGUUGGCCAGGAGGGGAGACGCCUCCUUGCAUAGGGGCCUGGAUGUGCAGGUAUUCAGAUCGGGUGAGAUGUUGAUGGGGCUUGUGGAGCCGUCGCUGCUGGUGCGUCACGGCAUCGUGGCUUUCCAUUCAGCAGACGUGGCAGCCCUGGACGCCAUUACCGCCGGCGCUCGGGAGGCAGGCGCAGUGGGUUGCGGGAUGCACCUGCAUGCCGAGCUGCCCGUACUGCGCUCCGUGGUGUCCCCCUGCCCGCUGCUACCCGGAGGCCGACCCGACCCCGGCUCCUGGGAGGGUUAUGCGGUGGUACAGCGGGCGGCGCUGCGGGCGGGGGCACGUGCCGGACCCGUGGCCAUGGCUGUGUUUUCUUGCACCGGGCGGGGAGGAUCCAUCUUCGGUGAGGACAGCGCGGAGUGCGAGGCGGGAAUCGCGGAUCAGGUCCUCCAGCAAGGGGUGCCUUUUGUGGGCGCGUACUGCAACGGGGAGCUGGGGCCAUAUGUACGAAAUGGCUACGUGGGCUGGUUCUUCAACCCGCUGAGGGGUCCUGUGCGAGGGGGAAAAGACGGUCCACCGGCGAAGCGGGCCCGUGUCGCCCUUGAGGAUUUCAAAUGUGACUUCGGCGCCAGCGAGGGCAAAGCGAACAAGUCUCUCAGCGGACAGUGCGCGCAUAUCGAGAAAUGCUACAAUGCGGUAAUGGACAUUGAGGACGCGUGGCGCAACGUCCUCGCGGCUCGGCCCGGCGAGGAACGCUUCAGGAACAUCGAGGCCAUGGAGACUGCCAUCACCGACGGCAAGGCCGUGUUCCGGGGGGUCGCGAAGGAGCUGGUCGUUGCAUACAACCACGGCUGGGAAGUCGUGCAUGAGAUGCGUGGCAUGGCGUACGCGGAGACGGAGGAGGAGCGCAAGGCGCUGAAGCAGGCCGUGAAGGCGGUGGCGGGCAAGAAGCCCAAGCAGGCCAAACCCGCGAGCGUGCCGGCCGGCUCUGCCUGGUGUCGUGGUGUGCAGUUCAGCAGUUUGCCAAUCGCUGUGUUGUUUGGAGCGUUUAGGGGCUUGCUACUUGCUAUGUAAUGCUCGUUUCCA